CCUGCAAGUGGCUCAUCUAAGAUUUGGCAAUGAAGUCAUAAAACUCAAUCCUCUGAACUUUGACAUCCUGGAGCUGAGGUCUUGCACCCAGAUGACGUCUGGCAAACAUUAAGACUUCCAACAGAAACAUGUUUCAGCAGAGCUCAGAGAGCACCCUCCUGCGCUGCUGCACGGUGGGAAGAAGCGUGAUCCCUGCGCGAUUCCGUCCCCGAUCUGCCGAAGGGGGCGCGCCGGCAGCAGGACUGGGACUGAUGGCUCCCCUCCCCCUCGUCUUCCUAGGCGCCUCAGUCUCCCGGCUCCUGCCGCAGCUACUCCGACCGGUACCCUCCGCCACCGCUGCCGCUGCCGCCAUGUCGACCGCUAAGACCCUUAAAUCUGUGGACUACGAGGUGUUCGGCAGAGUGCAGGGUGUCUGCUUCAGAAUGUACACGGAAGGUGAGGCUAAGAAGACUGGAGUUGUUGGAUGGGUUAAGAAUACUAGCCAAGGAACGGUAAAAGGCCAAGUUCAAGGUCCUGAAGAUAAAGUCAACUCUAUGUUACAGUGUCACCGACAUAGACUGUAUCCAUACUGUUGCAUACAUGUGCAGAUAUCCUUCAGUGGGCACCAAGCCACAUCUUAUAUAUCAGAACGGAAGAACUGGCUAAGCAAAGUUGGAAGCCCCAGUUCUCGUAUUGAUCGGACGGACUUUUCCAAUGAAAAAACCAUCUCUGAACUUGACUACACCAAUUUUAGCAUUAAAUACUAGUAGAGAAAGAAAUUCUUAGAAUAAAAUUAUAAUGCUCAAGUGUCACACUGGGUUCCAAACUGUGAAUCCAUAAAAGGAAAUAAUAAUGCUUUGUAUUUCCAUUUAAAAAAUGGAAAUUUGUUCUAAAAAAUGUAAAACUAUGAUGUUACUAAAAAUGCCUGGCACUGAAAUAAUUUAACUCAAAUAUUUUUUAAACGGAAGUAGAAUUUUAAAAUGAGAAAAUAUCAGUAUAAAAUGUAUAGUAUAAGUAGCUUAACUUUAGCUCAUAAAGCCUUGAAAUUGAAUGAACAUGACUAUUCAUCACAUAAUAAAGUUAACUAUUUAAAAAUGAAA